AUCCGUGUUCCAGUCCCUGGCUUCUAUGACUACCUGAUCCGUAUUCAAGUCCCUGGCUUAUCUGACUACCCGAUCCGUGUUCCAGUCUCUGGCUUAUCUGACUACUCGAUACGUGUUCCAGUUCCUGGCUUAUAUGACUACACAAUCCGUGUCCCAGUCCAUGGCUUAUCUGACUAUAUGAUCCGUGUUGCAGUCUCUGGCUUAUCUGACUACCUGAUCCGUGUUCCAGUUCCCGGCUUCUCUGACUACCCAAUCCAUGUUCCAGUCCCUGGCUUGUCUGACUACAUGAUCCGUGUUCCAGUUCCUGGCUUCUCUGAUUACCCGAUCUGUGUUCCAGUGCUUGGCUUUUCUGAGUACCCGAUCCGUGUGCCAGUCUCUGGCUUGUCUGAGUACCCGAUCCGUGCUCUAGUCCCUGGCUUAUCUGACUACACAAUCCGUGUUCCAGUUCCUGGCUUCUCUGAUUACCCGAUCCGUGUUCCACUGCUUGGCUUGUCUGA